CGGCGGUGAUCUGCCCCGGGGGCGUUUGUGAGUUUCACAGGCGAGAGCGGCCCGCGGCUCCACGCUCGCCGUGUAACCCACCGCGUCUGUGGGCCGUUGUCGCUUCGUGUCGGCGUCAAUUUCGACUGAAGUCGCCUCCCCGAGUUUGCUUCGUCGGCGUUGUGAAGGAGGGGAGGGGGGGGCAGAAUUAGCGGCGCGCGCGUAGUAAUACGUUCGUCGGUCGCAAGUAGACGAGGUGCGGGAACGCGACGCGGGAAGAGGCCGGCUUGAUACGCGUAGGCCGGAGGAGCACGUGGCGCCGACAUGCCUCACAGGAAAACCAAGCCGUUCAUCGACAAGCACAGCGCGGUCAAGUUCCACCUGGUACACCGCAGCCAGCACGACCCCCUGCUGACGGACGAGACAGCCCCCCAGCGCGUGCUGCUACCCGCGGUCAAGAACAGCGACCUUGAAAAGAGAAAAGAACAACAGCGCGACUUUGGUGUCUUCUUCGACGAUGACUACAACUACCUGCAGCACCUGCAGGAGGCGUCGCGGCCGGCAGAGUUGGUGUCGGCGCCGCCGAAACGAGCGCAGGAUGCAGCCAUCGAGAUUGUGCACAUCCCGGCUGCGAAGGUGCAGCUGCCCUCCUCGGUGUUUGCAUCGGAGUUUGAGGAGAAGACCGGCUUGCUGAAUCGCGCAGCUCCCGUUCCCGGACCCCGUCCGGACUGGGACCCCGACGUCGUCGCGGCUCUCGACGAUGACUUCAACUUUGACGACCCAGAUGCGGAACUCGAUGACGAUUUUGUGAUGCAGGCGAACGCUGAAAGAGGCGACGCAGAGGGAGCGGGCGAUGAAGCGGCGGGGGAGUGGGAGGACGUGGACGACUCGGACGACAUGAGUUACGACUCGGACGGCCCCGGCACGGACGACGGUAGCCGCGGGAAGGAGUGCCUCUUCAUGGACGAGGAGACAAAGACCAGGUUCACCGACUACUCGCUCACCUCGUCGGUGAUGCGCAGGAACGACCAGCUCACGCUGCUGGACGACCGCUUUGAGAAGUUCUUCGCGGCAUACGAGGAGGACGAGAUCGGAGCACUCGACCACUGCGAGGUGGAGGGCAGCAUCCCCGCGGGCAGCACUCGCCUGCAGGCCGCGCUGGACGACUUCCACGCUCGCGAGCAGGCCGAGCACCAGAGGCCGGACGCGAACCAGGAGGAGCGUCACAAGCAUGGUCCGAGGAACAAGGAGCAGGGCAAAGGGGAGAGCGAGGAGGAGGACGACGACGAUAUGGUGGAGGUGGCAAUGGAGAAGCCGGCAGAGAAGUGGGACUGCGAAUCUAUUAUCAGCACGUAUUCCAACCUCUACAACCACCCAAAGCUGAUUGAAGAGCCAUCAAAACCCAUGCGCGUAUCGCGCAAGACGGGCCUCCCGCUGGGCGUGCUGCCCCAACGCGGCCCCACGGCGCGCCAGGUGGAGCGCAUGGGCACCGUGACGGCCGCCGACCUCCCCCGCGCCGCCGCCGUUCCCCGGGCGCCGGAGGAGACCCCGGAGCAGCGCCGCGCGCGCAAGCACGCCAUCAAAGAGGAGCGCAAGGACCGGCGUCUGGAGAAGAAGGCCAACAGAAUGGCGUUCAAGGAAGAGAAGGCCCGACAGGAGAAGGUCGUGCUGAACCUGAGGCAAAACCUGCAGGGCGUGCGUCUCACGUGAACGUGCGUCUCACGUGAACGUGCGUCUCACGUGAGCGUGCGUCUCACGUGAGCGUCUCACGUGAGCGUGCGUCUCACGUGAGCGUGCGUCUCACGUGAGCGUGCGUCUCACGUGAGCGUGCGUCUCACGUGAGCGUGCGUCUCACGUGAGCGUGCGUCUCACGUGAGCGUGCGUCUCACGUGAGCGUGCUUCUCACGUGAGCGUGCUUCUCACGUGAGCGUGCGUCUCACGUGAGCGUGCGUCUCACGUGAGCGUGCGUCUCACGUGAGCGUGCGUCUCACGUGAGCGUGCGUCUCACGUGAGCGUGCGUCUCACGUGAGCGUGCGUCUCACGUGAGCGUGCGUCUCACGUGAGCGUGCGUCUCACGUGAGCGUGCGUCUCACGUGAGCGUGCGUCUCACGUGAGCGUGCGUCUCACGUGAGCGUGCGUCUCACGUGAGCGUGCGUCUCACGUGAGCGUGCGUCUCACGUGAGCGUGCAGCACCGGCUGGCAGGGGAGAGACGAUCCGCGGUGGACCAGCAGCACAGCCGCUGAGGCCUUCGUCUGUCGGACAUUCAGAACAUUAGGACGGACACACACACACACACUACACGGAUUCAUAAUAAAGUAGGCAAUAUGCACCCAUAUCUCAAGUUAAUGAUGUGCACAUUGUGGGGGGUUGGUGGAUUUGCAUUUUAAGAGUUUGAAGAAGAGGGAUUAUUUUUUGGAGGGCAAAAGAGAUGUGUGGAGAGGAGGGAAAUGAGAUGACACAGUAUUGGGCCUUUGAGUCUGUGCAGAGCAAACUUAAAAAAAUGUGAAUUAAGAUACAAGGACUGAAGCUCCCCGCCUUUUCAAGCUGGGGGCUUCAGUUCCUGGAGAAGCUGCCGCUACGGGGAGCUAAAUGUUGGGUACGACCCGAAAACACGGAGCGAUUUAUUUUUACUUGAUCCAACGUGCGCACCCCUGGAAUAAGGCUAGCGACGCCGAGUUGGGCGUCAUUGUCUGCUCACCAGUUGUCGCCGUGCCGAUUCGAGCGAGUUGGGCAGAACAGCAAGCCUCUGCGUGGCCACCCGAGUUACAGAUCGUGCGUAUGGAGCGAGUGUGUACACCGCGACCUCCCCUGCAUGGCUAUCCGAGUUGCCAAGCGAGUGUGUGCACAGAGACGACCCGCCACUUGGCCAUCUGAGUCGUGCGCCGGGCACGCGCCACGUGGAGCUGUCGAUCUUUUCCGUUGCCCACCCUUUGCGUCGACUUGAUUUCAAUAUUAAAGGGGGGAAAAAAAUCCCAACCCCAUCCUUGCAUCUUGAUAUGUUAAUAGUACAUUUUAUUAAAACGUCUGAUCAAGUAUAACAGGGGCAUACACGCCCAACCGUUUUACUGGGUUAAAGGGCGUUAUAGAAACAUGUACAUCUUUGUUUCUGGUUGGCACAGACAGCAUGCGGGCUUUCUUAGCGUGAAUAGAGGGCUCCGAUAAUGUCCAUCUGAACAAAAUCAAGUUCUCUGUGGUGCUUAAUGGGUUUUUGAAAUAUGAAAGAAACAUUUGUACAUUUCAAACAGAUUUUAGCAUUGUGAUGGGGGGGGGUUGCUUUGUGCUUGCUUUUUUUGAUCGAUUUUGCGCUGCAACUAAUUCGGAGAUGACAUUUACAUACAAGGCAAAUAUCAAACCAUCGCAAGAUAAGGGGGCGAGCCAUUUGCAAUGUCUCAGCCGGGAGGGAGAUAAGUUGAUGUCGGGACGGUUUGCCAUAGCCAAGCUAUCUGCACCCUGCGCACAAUUACCGAUGCACGAGAAAAUAAUGAAACAUGUUUUUCAUUUGUAGUAUAAACGGCUCAAUUAAACGUGCGUCGCUUAUAUGAUUAAGCUAUAAAUAACGAGUGAAUAAUCCCGCGCAGCAAAACUCCCCACUGCUCACCUUAUUGCUGAAACGUGAUGGAUGGAUGAGAAGACAUCCGCGCCUGAUGUGUCUGUAUUCCAUCGUGUGUGUAUAUAAAAUAUAUGCAUAGCUGGUUUUAACACCGACAUUCUUAUUACCCAGCUGAAACAUGCUCUUCUACUGCGUUUUGGCAGCCCUGGAAGCCAGAAGUGUAAAUUCCACAUUCCCAUGGCCAUUUGUAGUUCUCAAAUUAACGCAGGCCACCAAAUGACAGUCGGUGGCCUUGCAUGGCCAUUGUGUUGUGAGCGGGAAGCAGAGGCUGGCCACGGGGUGGUAUAAAACUAUUUAAAAACUAACACUUUUUAUGAAAUUUUAUCAGGGAAGGCCCACUGAGCUACACAGCUCUUUUUCAGAAGCGACCUCUAGUUAUCACAAAUGAGAGCUCAACGAAGCGGCUUGUGUGGAAAUGUAUAUCAGCGAAAUACUCUUAAACGCGUGAAGUUUCAAAAUGCGGAAAAACCGGAGGACCCAGAGAAAAAUCCACCCCACCACGGGGAGAGAAAAGGACAUGCAAACUCCAAAUAUACAGGCAUUAGGGGCGGGAUCGAACCCACGACCCUCCUGUACACCAGGCGAGGUAGUAAACAUCUUGCCACCGUGAACAGAUGGCGAAGAGCAGGACUUGGAAGAGAGAAAUGCAAGUCUAUAGGGAACUGAUCGUUGGGACCAGAGCAAGGAAGGAGUGGAAUAAUUUAAUCCAGCCUCAUCAUCAGUUGCCAUUUGAUGAUUGACAGAAGAGAAUUAGAGGGGAGAGGUGGGUGGCCACGAGGCUUGCGUAGUUGCGUCGGGUGACCCAACUGGUUCCGAGAUUAUUUCCUUGGAUCACCUUCAGACUUGGUGGGGGUGAGGGUGGACAAGAUACAUGAGAUCCUAUGACCAACGAAACACGUGGCCGUUUGGACACCGUGGGCGGUCUGUGGCACACCGCCGCCACCGUUCUCUGCGGAUUUGCAACGAGGGCCACUGGGGGUGGUGGGGGGAGUGUCAUGGCAGCACUCGGAAAUCACCGACAAUACGCGGGGACCCUUGUGGUGAUGAAGAUGGCCGGUUACGGUGAUGAAUAUUUAAUGACGCUGAAAUAAAAUUGCUCUAAAAUUUGAAA